AUGGCUAAUCUUUUUCUGGCGCAUUUGCGUCUUGAUGAAGCCGAGCUUCCAAGUUGCGAGCGAACACCUCCGCGAACUCCAAAAACGCCUCUAACUCCAGGCUCACCAUUCGAACUCAACAACAAUACUUUCUGCUUCAGACAAGGCCCCAAACGGUCAGUCAUUUAUCAGCCUGAGGGUCAUCCUAAACAAGCUGUAAUUGAUGGCGAGAUCUGGCCACCUAUCUUCAAGCCAAGAAACGUCAGAAGUGCGAAGUUGUUGAAAGUGGAAGACAGUGAUCUGUUCAUUGCGACUUAUCCAAAAUGUGGAACAACUCUUCUUCAGCAUAUCUGCCACCAACUAAUACGUGGCGAGCAUUAUCAAGCUCCAGAAGGCAACGAGCUUUGCGUUCAAAGCCCAAUGAUUGAGCGAAUGGGGGGCCAAUUCGUUCAGGCUUUGGAACAUCCACGAAUUCUGAAAACACACUUCAGUCACAUGAAUGUUCCAUUCAGUUCUUCGGCUAAAUACAUCUAUUGCGUGCGCAAUCCAAAAGAUUGUCUAACAAGCUAUUAUCAUCACAAUCGCAACUUCAAAAUCUACAAUUUUGCCGAUGGUGAUUUCAAUACGUUCUUUGAUCUGUUUCUAUCAGGUCAAUUGGCGUUUGGAGAUUACUUCGACCAUAUACUUACUUGGUUGCCUCACAUCAACGAUGAUAAUGUUCUCUUCUUGCGCUACGAAGACCUUGUUGACAACAUGUCAGAAAACAUCUCUAAGAUUGGUGAGUUUCUUGGAGGCUCAGCCUAUGAAUUGGUUCAAAACCCUGCCAGACUAGCUACUGUCGUCAAGAACAGCAGCAUUGAUGCUAUGAAGAAAGAUCAAAAAAGAUGGUUCCCAAACAAGCAACUGCACAAAGCGGAAUUUAUUCGCAAAGGUGGAAGCCGUGACUGGAAGAACCAUAUGACCCGGGAACAAAGUGACAGAAUGGAUACUUUGUUCCGAACUCGCAUGGCAGGAACAUGCGCUGAGAACUGGUGGCUUCAUGAGAUGACUUGGGAUGAGGUUUCACCUAUCUACACACAAAUCGCUCAACUCGAGAUUGAGGAUGAUUUCGAAUCCGUAUCACGACGAGGUUCCUUCAGCUAUGCUCUUGAAGGACCAAAGGAUCCUCAUCUUCUUCUCAGUGCCAAGAACGAUCGGAGAUGCUCGUUCGCUUCGCUUCUAUCGACUGGUUAUGGAUCUGUCUGGUCCAUUAACAUGAAUUAG